AUGCGGUUCUGGCCGUGGGGUAUGGAGUUGAAGACGGCGUACCAUACUGGCUCAUCAAGAAUUCCUGGGGAGGAGAUUUGGGGGGAGAGUGGUUACUUCAAGAUGGAAAUGGGGAAGAACAUAUGUGGUAAGUUAACUUCCUACUGCGCCUACUACGACGACUGCAAUGUUAUUCCAUUCAAUGUGGUGCUUCUUCCAAUGGACUCAUUUUGGGUUGGCAUUGAUAAGGAUUAA